AUGGCUGGUGUGAGACGACUCGUCCUUGCCGUGGCAUUCUUCUGCAUCUCUUCCGUUGCUUGCCUCGGGACCGCUGUCAUCGAGAAUCAGUGUGAUGUCGAGGUCUAUGUCUGGAGUAUUGCAAAUGUCCCUAACGACACAAUUAAUUAUCUCGAGCCGAUUAUUGGCAGCUACAACGAGACCUAUCGAGUGAAUCCGAACGGUGGAGGCAUCUCAUUGAAGAUUGCCACGGUUCCUGAGGAUUCUUUCAUCACCCAGUUCGAAUACACUUAUCACCCUGACAAUCCGAUACUUUCGUAUGACAUCUCGAACAUAAAUGGAUAUCCCUUCGAAAAUUGGGGCCUCUACCUCUCACCCUCUUCCGGGUACUGCUCCAACAUCACCUGCGACCCCGGUGUGGCUCUCUGCCCAGAAGUUUACAAUCACCCAAAUGAUGAUUUUGCCGUCAAACCUUGUGAUGUGUCGGCCAACUUGACUCUUACUUUGUGUCCUCAAUUUCUGUCAUCAGAGACCGUUACAGCAACUGUGAUGACGACCGACUAUGCCAGCAGCGUUACCCUGCCUACUCCGACGACGAUCAUCACGUCGAUUGGGCCCGCGUCCAGCCCUCAAUGCACACUCUCAGAGACCGACACUACGACUUCAGACAGCUCCUCCACGACCGUGACGACGACAAUCUCAGAUCCGGUUGCUGUGACUGUAAUGACAACCGACGAUGCCGGGGACACUACCUUGACUACUCUGACGACGGCCAUCACAUCGGUUGGGUCGGUGGUCAUCUCUCAAGGCACACUCUCACAAACUGUCACUACGACUUCAGGAAGCGCAUCUACGACCGUAACGAUGACAAACUCGGAACCCGUCAUUGAGACUGUGAAUACUAUCAGUUCUGAAACCAUUCUCAGAGCGUCGGAGACGACAGACGCUGCUGGUCAGCUUUCCUUGACUACACUGACUACCGUAGUUGCAGCAACUACCCUAGAUUGA